CGGCUAUUCGUAGUCACGCGAUUUAACAUGGGUGACAGGCUCCUGGAGCACGCCCUCGACGGCGACGCUACAACAACGGAGUGGCGUGAAGCCGGGUUCAGAGCUGCCAGCGAGGCCGGCGCCUUUUUUGCGGUCACAGCUGGCUCACGCAUGGCGCAAGCCGCGCUCGGCAUCUCGACGCGAGCGCCGCCGGUCGCAGCGCUCGCGACACUGGCCACUGUAUGUGUUGGCGCGGUCGCCGCGUCGUGCGCCGGCGGCGGCCAGUUCCAGUUCGAGCAGUCGACCAUUGAUGACGCUUUACGAGCGGCCGCGUGCGGCGUGACGGCCUACGCUAUCCUGGGCGGCCGGCCGACGUCGUUGGCACCGUCCCACCUGGCGUCCGUCGGCGCCUUCGGCCGUCGGAGGGCGUCCCUGGCUGCGUCGCGCAACUACGCCACCGACGCGCAACGCAAGCAACUGGCGUCUUUAGGAAGACGCUUUGGCUGCCACACCUGCGGCGUCAAGUCUUCUGUACAGUGGAUCGCGGAUCACCAGCCGCCCCAGAAGAUCGCCGCACUAAGGGACGCGCGCUGGUGGAAGCGGCUGCCGUUCCUUGGCGCGCCGACUUCACAAAGAUUCUACCCGCAGUGCGCGCCCUGCUCGCAGAAGCAGAGCGCCGCCGUACGCGUUUUGAGUGGAAGGAGCGUUCUGCACCUCCCGACGGUGCGGCCGUUCCACCUGACGGGCUUCGUGAGCGCGCCACUCUCCCGAGCGUCGGCACCGAAGAAGCGAUGGUAUGAAUAACGAAACCGAGUAUUAAUAGGGGGGAGGCCGUGCCACGACGGCCAGGGGGGUUGU